UACAAUUAUAAUGUCAUAAAAUAACUGUAGACAAUUACUCUUGUUCACGAUUUGUUUACAUUAAAUUAAUUAUGCGUUAUAAGUCAAUAGUUUUUAUUCCAUUUCUGUUUAACCAUCGCUGGAAGCAUUAGAAUGUUUGUUCUCAUUCCAUUUUUUUUUUGUUUUUGCUUAAUUUAAAUAUUUGUUGUAUAAUUAUUUCCUCUUUAAUUUAAAACAUAAAUUUUGUAAUUUUUAUACUCUCCUUUUUAUUGUGAUCUGGAUGCUCUAUGUGAUUAUGUGAAUCAAAUAAAACAUAUUUUUACCUAUGGUAGAUGUAAUUGGUCUAUUUGCAAUUGAAUUGUUAAAACAAAGAGAUCUUAACUUAUCAUGUCUGAAGUAGUUUCAUAUACACCUGUUAAAAAGGAAUUUGAUGCAUCAUCUGGAAACAAUAAUGAUAAUUCAAACAAUAAUUUUGAAGAGAAUGGAGAUAUUGAAAAUGAUCAAUUAAAUUCUAACUAUGACACAAUCUCAGAUUGUGGAACUUCUGUUCAUCGAUGUGAUAGAUGUGAUAACUAUGAAACUUUAAAUGAAGCAAGCCUAACAUCACAUUUAGUAACAUGUCAAGGAACAGAAAGUAAUAAUGAAAAUGAUCUACAAACAAAUCGUAAAUUAUUUGAAUGUGAUAUAUGCAACAUGAAAUUUUCAAAUGGUGCUAAUAUGAGGAGACAUAAAAUGAGACACACAGGAGUUAAACCUUAUGAAUGUAAAAUUUGUCAAAAGCGUUUUUUUAGGAAAGAUCAUUUAGCUGAACAUUUUACAACCCAUACAAAAUCAUUACCAUUUCAUUGUCCGAUUUGCAAUAGAGGAUUUCAACGUCAAAUUGCAAUGAGAGCACAUUUCCAAAAUGAACAUGUUGGUCAACAUGAUAUGGUUAAAUCGUGCCCAUUAUGUAAUUUUAGAGCUAGUUCAAUGAAAAGUUUAAGAGUCCAUUUUUUUAACCGACAUGGAAUUGACCUAGAUAACCCGGGUGUUAAUGUGAUAAAUUCUACUUUAACAAACCACAUACCUAUUGAAUACAAUAGUGGAAAUAUGAGUACUAGUGGAGCUUAUAGUGACAGUGGUGAUUCAAUCGGAGGAAGUCGAUCAGAAAGUAAUGCAACACCGCCAAUGCAUUUUCUUACACCACAUGUUGAAAUAUCAAUGACAGAACCCAAUUCUACAGAUUGCUCAUCUUUUUCCUCUUCUCAAGUUAAUGACAAUAAUAUGAAAACGGAACCUAUUCAAAAUUUAAAUAAUGAUGAUGUAUCUCAAGAUAAUGACUGUCCAAAUUCUCCACAGUCAACAGAUUCAAACUCUAAUAUGUCUACAUUACCAAUAUUAGCAGGAAAUAAUCGACAAGAAGGUGAAGUAAGUAUAAUCACACCAUCUGUUUCUCUCAUUCCAAUAAAACAAGAACAAGGAGAUGAAAAUGUACGAAAAAACAGUUCAAAUAAUGUCCAAAAUGGAGAAACUGAGUCUGGACGUUUUCAGCCAGCAUCAAGUUUAUCAUCAUUAAUCAAAGUAUCACCUCUAAAAUCAUUGUUGCGUGAUGAAUUUAAACGUAGUAUAAAUAUGAAUACCCCUGAAUUAUCUCAGCCUCAUAAUACAGAUCCUGGUAUUUGGAGGUAUAUAGCAUUUCAAAAAUCACUACAAUGUUCCUUUUGCGGUAUUACAUUUCCAGACCAAACUCUUUACUUUCUUCACAAAGGGUGUCAUUCUGAAACAAAUCCGUGGAAAUGCAAUAUUUGCGGAGAACAAUGUGGUAAUGUGUAUGAAUUUAAUUCUCACUUAUUAAGUAAAACCCAUCAAUAAUCUUUUUAUAUUAUUUUAUUUCCAAAGAAAAUAUAUAUGCAUAUUAUCAUCUAUUUUGUGAUGUAGUUUUAAUACUUUAAUAAACAAUGAAUCUAAUCACUGACAAGUAAUAACCAAAAUAAAAUAUUUCUAAAAAUAUGCUGCAAUGUUAGAUGCUUA